AUGUCCUACCAAUGUGAUGUCUGUAAGGAAUUAGAAGCAAGAGAAGCAACUGGUAUUGGUUAUAUCUGUUGUGUUUGUGAUGCUGAGUUUGAAAUUGCCACUGAACUUGAAUAUCAUAUGAGAAUGCAUAACAAUGUGCUGCCCCACGAGUAAGACAAGAUAAAUUGAAACUAUUUUGGGUUUUAUUAGGAUGCUGUGAUAUGAAAAAAUCAAUAUAUUGGUAUCGAACAAUAAUAUCGACGAUAUCGAAUUAUGAAAUUAGAAAACGUAGUCAGUCAGCCUGCAUGUAUACCACGUCACACCAUUUGUGUUAUUAUAUUGUGUAGUUGGUUUUGAAAAUAAAAAAGUAUUUUUUGCCAAUGCUAGGGCGUUGCGUGUGGGGGUUUAUGGCCCACUGGGGUAUGCACCCCACGUAGUGCUGUCUUGCACACCCGUAGAGAAGUCCAGCACCCCACCGAAAAAUAUUUGCUUGAUCAUUCAUCUUCUGGUUUUCGAAUAGCUAUUAGAGGGACUUCCACUGUUAGCGGGUGUCGAUUUCUUGAAUAUUGAUUUGUGAGCUCACUAGAAAAUACUCGAGAAUGCUUGAGUUAAAUAUUAAUAUCAUGGUUAAAUGUGUAAACAUGUCGAGAAUGAGAUUGUUAUACAGUCACUCAUUUUCAAAUUACUUUAACAAGCAGGUUUACUGCACUGUGCUACAGCAACUGUCCAGUCAUGCCUCAAACUGAAAAUUAUUGACAAGGGGCUACCCCAAUUUUAUAAUAUUUUCCUACAAUCUCGUACCAGAGUCAUGCCCAGCACCUAUUAAACUUGCGAACGGGCAUACUCUGAGCGCAAUACUGACAACUGAUUUUCCUACUCAUUUUCAAUUUCUCGCUUUUAUCGUAUCCCAUAAAAUAUUUCACCUUCCGUUUAUAGUUACUAUAAUCGUAGUUUCCAUAGUUUGUUACGUUACUGAUUUACUGUCAAUAAUAGCAAAACUUGGUUGAUAGGAAUGGAAGUGCGUGGAAAAUACAAGGUAUCGGAAAUUAGAUAGAAAAAAAUAGAUAGAAAACUUUAUUUAUCCGCGCUAACCCUGCAACCGAGGCUGAUUUCCACAGGGGGCGUGUAAAAAGGAAUUACAAAAAUAUAGUAUUUAAAGCUAUUUACAAUCUAUAAUAUCAACUAAGUUAUAUAAACUUGCAGAGAGAAAAUAGACUUGCAAAGCAAAGAGAGAAAAGACAACAAGAGUCUGUUGCAGAGAGGGAAACUAGACUUAAACAGCAGCGAGAAACAAAAAGGUUGAAAAGGCAAAAUGAGACUGUCGAACAAAGAAAACAAAGAUUGGCAAAAGCACAAUUAGUUAAUUAUAAAGCAAAUAAAAGUAGAUGUUCUGGAAAAAACAAACCAUGUCCCCCAUCAGGUUCUCAAAAGCAUCACAGUAAUGAUAACAGUGUAUCACACAAUAGUGUAUCACAAUUGAUAUAUAAAUUCCAUAAAUCUGUAUCAACAGGUCCUCUGUAUAUUUGUUCGCGCUGUGAUCAAUUAUGGUAUAAACAUACUGUUUGUCCAGCCGAGAGACUUCGAUUGUCCAAUCCAAAUUCUACUAAACAUCUACAAGGUACUAAUUAAAAGUGUAGAUGAUAUUGAAUGGCUGUGUUUGACAUGUGACAAACAUCUUAAAAAGAAUAAAGUGCCACCAUCUGCAAUUUCAAAUGGCUUGAAGUUUCCAGAAAAACCUUUGAUUUAAAUGAAUUAGAAUGCAGACUUAUAGCUCCAAGAUUGGCAUUCCAAAAAAUAAUGCAAGCCCCCAUGGGAGGGCAACUUAAAAUACUGGUAAUGUUGUGAAUGUUCCAGCAGAUAUAUGUAAUACUGUUAACAUGCUAUCCAGGUUACCACAAGAUACUGGGACUAUUAAAGUUCAAUUGAAACGUCGACUGCAAUACAAGAGUUCUGCCUUGUCUUAGAAUGUGAGACCUAAUAAAGUGAUGCAAGCUACAGCUUGUUUGGUAAAUACUAGUGAACUAUAUCGAGAACAAGGAAUAACUUUUGAUCAGCAUUGGUUAUCAUACUUUGAUGUUACAACACCUAAUAGUGACAAUGAAAAUACUAAAGUUGAUCAAACUAAUUUGACAUCUUCAGAAGAUGAAUGGAGUGAAGAUGAAGCAGAAAUUCCUGCAGGUGUAAUAGACAGUAUGCUUACACCUACUGAUUUUGUAGAUGAUACUGAAAGACAACAUAUAUAUACAGUGUUGCACCUGGUGAAGGUAGUAGACCACUCAGUAUAUUUAGAGAUCAGUAUUCAGAGGAACUAGCUUAUCCAGGAAUAUUCUUAGGUCAAAAGCGGCCUGAUGAGAAGCAAAGAUUGACCCAUGUUUAUUACAGUGAAAUAUGUAAAUCAGAACUUAACGAAGAGCUGGAAUGUGUAUUGAGAACAUUUUUUUUAAAACUAAAAAAUGCAGAUGAAAUUAUUGCUCGGGCAAUCGCAGCUUGCUACUCGCAAGUGUAAAUUGGGAAACAGAACACUUACUGCUGGUGAUUUGAAAACACCAGAAGGUUUAACAAAUCUCAUUUUCCAGGAUGAAGGAUACAAAUUUUUAAGAGCUUUGAGAGGUCCCCACCUUACUUUGAAAAAGCAAAAAAGGAUUUGUUUGCUAUGAUUCGGCAGUUAGGACCUGCAUCAUUAUUUUGUAGUUUUUCGUCUGCUGAAACAAAAUGGAAACAUUUACUAAGAAUCCUUGGUAAGCUUGUUGAUCACAAAGACUAUAGUGAUGAACAAUUAGAUAAUUUAAACUGGGAUGAAAAGUGUAGACUAAUUCAAAGUGACCCAGUAACUUGUGCAAGGCAUUUUGAUUACCAAUUUAAUACUUUCUUGAAAAAUUUUUUAAUGAGUGAAAUUGCCCCAUUAGGGAAUCUGAAAGAUUGGUUUUACAAGGUUGAAUACCAACAGAGAGGCUCGCCUCACAUCUAUAUAGUCAUAUGGCUUGAAAAUGCACCUGUAUUUGGUGUUGAUAAAGAUGAAGAUGUAGUGAAUUUCAUUGAUCAAAUAAUAACUUGUAGAAAGCCUGAUAAUGACACUGAAUUAUAG